AUGGAAUUCCCGCCACCUCACAUCCAACCUUGGCAAACGUCGCACACACAUACGGUGAUCCUGCUUCAUGGCCGCGGCAGUGAUGGCGAAGAGUUUGCCGAGGAAUUUUUCUCUUCCGCUACCUCGAAAGGUAAAAGUUUGGCCUCUUGUCUACCUUCCUAUCGUUGGGUCUUUCCUACCUCUUGCGAUCGAUGGACCACCAGAUUCCAAGAGGAAAUAUGCUCCUGGUUUGAUGCGUACUCUCUGGAUGAUAUCCAUGAGAGACAGGAACUUCAGAAAAAAGGCCUAAAGGAGUCAGUCUUACACGUCAUUGACAUCAUCGAAAGUGAAGCAAAGCUGCUCGAUGGGCGGUUUUCCAACAUAUAUCUCGGAGGCAUCAGCCAAGGAAUGGCAACCUCUUUCUGGGCAUUCUUUGCAGCAAUUGGACUAGGAAAGAUUCAGGAGCCGCUAGGUGGAUUAUUGGGAUUUUGUGGAUGGUUUCCAUUUGCACAUCAGCUCGAGACUUUGCUAUCGGAGCCUGCCGUCAAUUUCUCCCAGACUCACGCGAUCCAGGAUCAAAUAUCGUCGUUCUUCUUUUCUGAAAUUGCUGGCAAUGAGACCUUGGAGAUUACCCAGAUGUCGAACAGCUCUAUCAUAUGUACGCCUGUAUUCUUAAGCCACGGAACAGAUGAUGUGUGGGUAUCUGUUGAACUCGGGCGUCAGGCAUCUCAAAUCCUGCAGAAAAUCAUGGUACACGUCGAGUGGAACGAGUUUACUGGGGCAGAGGGGGACGGUCAUUGGGUCAAGGAGCCUGAAGGUUUUGAUCAAAUUCUUCAGUUCCUUGGCAGCUGA